AUGCACUUCAUCCAGUCUUUGGUCUCGUUGGCACUGGCUUGCGCCACUGCCAUCCCGCUCAUUGAGGCCCGGCCCAGUGGCCAUGAGUCUCGCUCCGAUCCUCUAUCUCUUAUUUCCCCGAUACGAGGCUUCUCCUUCGAGCGGAUGGCGGCGACUCGGGAACCCUGUGAGCUCAAGCCAACCCGCAACUUCCAGCGCAUGAAGGGUAUCAGUCGGAAGGGUGCUGCGUCGAGGACUGCCCCUGUCAGGAUUGGGGCAUAUCAGAGACAGGCAACGCCCAACGACGGGGCUUAUCAGAACAUAACCACGACUGAUGCUCGCGGUGUUGCGUACGCCGUGGAAGUCGAUAUCAAUGGUGUGUCGGUCAAUCUCAUUGUCGAUACGGGAAGCUCGGACACCUGGUCUGUUCAGAGCAACUACACCUGCACGGACUACAUGGGCUCGAUGCUGCAGCAGGGCGCUUGUGCAUUCGGACACACCAAGCCGCAGACUUUCCAGUACGGACCUGUUCCUGACGUCCACCUCUUCGUUCAGUACGGCGAUGGCGAGAUGGUCUCUGGCCCAAUGGGCUUGUCGGAUGUCACUCUCGCCAAUAUCACGGUCGAGAAGCAACAGAUUGCGCUCGUCAACGAGUCCUACUGGAUAGGGGACAACUACACUACCGGCAUACUUGGUCUGGGGUAUCCGUCCAUCACCGACGCUUUCUACGGUGAGCCCUACGAUCACGAACAGUAUCAGUCGGCACCGUAUUCGCCCGUCUUCACCCGUAUGGUACAGCAGGGUCUGGUCGACCCAGUCUUCAGCCUUGCCAUCAGCAGGAACUCGACCGGUGGGCUUCUUGGCUGGGGCGGCAUUCCAGACAUUAUCAAUGGCCUGGAUAGCUCGACCUAUGGGUACGCCGACAUCAUCAUCGCCAAUAUUGUCGGUGAUCCGCACACGGCUUGGGCCUAUUCUUUUUACACCAUCAUCCCCGACGGUUUUCAGUUUGGCAUGUCGACGAACGAGGACAAAUACCCCUUCAUCAUUGACAGUGGAACUACUGUCAACUACUUGCCUCUCAUUCUCGCAGAUGCCAUCAACGCUGCUUUCGAUCCGCCAGCCAAGUACCUCUACUCAUAUGGUGCUUAUUUUACCUCGUGUGAUGCCGUUGCGCCUCCGUUUUCGGUCGUCAUUGGAGGCACAGCGUUUCUGAUCAACCCCAAGGACAUGAUCUUGCGCAACCAGAAGGACCCGCUGACAGGUCUCUGUAUGACUACAGUCAGCACUGGCGGCACUGGGCCUUUCAUCCUGGGUGAUGCUUUCCUACAGAACGUUCUGGCUGUUUUUGACAUUGGAUCUGCUCAGAUGCGCUUUUAUGGACGUCCUUAUUACUGA